GAUGUCGGCUGAUAAUGAGGUAUCUAUGUACAUUAUUCUAUGAGCUGCGCAGACAGCUGAAGUACCCGGAUGAGUGACAGGAAGAGCUGCGCAGAUGUGCAGCAGCAACACAAACACAGAUCAGCCGACAGGCAGGAGCGCGGUUGCCUGUCCAUCCUAAUUCAAACCCGAUCGAUCUCGGCUGAGCGGGAGCACCGUCGAGUGGCUGCGAGGGGUUCGAGUGGAUCUUCAUGCUCUCGGUCAGCUGGACCUUAUGGAAGACGGACAGUGGCAGAGCGAUGGCCCAGUGCGGCGGGCAGGACUAACUGACCCCGACCUUCUAAAUGACUCCGAGUCCAGCCGCAGCCCGGACGAGAACCAGAACCGACUGGUGGAGGAGGCAGAGGAGGUGGAACAGGGGCCCCGUGGUGGACAGAAGCCCCUCAGACAGGAUCAUGCUAAUAACAAUAGUGAUGAUGAAGAAUACGACAGCUCCAAGGUGGAGGACGAUGAAGAAGAGGAGGAGGAAGAAGAGGUGGACAGCAACAGUGGCGCAUACUCUCCAGAGCUGGAUGGGCACAUCCGAGACUCCCCGACACCCAGUCCCAGUCCUACAGUGUCAGAGGGUCUCGUCAGCCCUGAAGGACCUCCUCAGGGCGAUGCUGGUUCCCCCCAGGGCUUCGGACGCCCCCUGUCGGCAUCUCUCCAGGAGCUGGGGGAGCAGGGAGACCACCCUCUUCUGCCACACUGCCUCCAUCAGAUUGCAGAGUCAUUUAUGCACGAGGAGGACUAUGAGAGAGCACUCAGGUUCAUUCAGUUAGAGAGACUCUAUCAUGAACGUCUCCUGUCCAACCUCUCCGCUCUACAGCAACUGUGGGAGAGGAGAUCGGUUGGCCGGUGUCAGGACAGGCGAGAAGACGGAGACCUGGAGGCUGAACACCUGGAGAAACUGAGACACAUCUGCAGAACGCACAGGCAACCUGCACGGAGUAUUGAGAAGUGUGAGGUGUCCAAAGUGCAAAGAAACAGUGUGAGCAGAGAAACACUGAGAGGAGAGCAAAACCUGAUCACGCAAGUGCUUUCAUGCAGCUCAGGGAAGGCUAUGGAGGAUCAGCGUACAUACGAGGUACAACAGGAAGUCAUUCAUCCUGAAGACUGUAGCACUGCCCCACAAUCCCACCAGAGCGAACAUCAGCAAGACCCCUCCCCCUCGUCGGACACACACUCUUCCUCCUCCUCAGCCGGGGUGCACAGCUCCUCCUCUCCAGCCUGUGAGGAUUCAGGGGCAGAGGAAGAGAGCAUAAGUGUGCCAGCUUCCCACAGGGAUGCCUCACCAGUGCCCGAGUCUCCAAUGGACACUGCUCAACCAGCCAACGUGAAGCUUCAGACUGAUACGAUCGGCCCCGGAGUGGUGAUGGAGGGGACGGGGGACACUGUGGAUACGGGGCAAGAUGUGCCACUCACAGGGGAGAUAGAAGAGGCUCUAAAGCUGGAGGAAGGAGGUGAAGAUCAGGAACAUCAUGAACAGGAUAUUCCUGAAAAUACACCAGAGUUGGAGCUAGAGGAGAAUGGGAAUGGGGUGGAGUUGUUGGAUAUUAUUAAUGUAUCUAUGCUGGAUGACAUGGCCAAGCGCAUACAGGUGGAAGAGAUCGCUCCAGCUGCUGGUCUUGUGUCGAUCUUAAAGAGAAGAGUGUCUCUGGAAGGAGCCAACAGCUCCACCCCUGCUGCCUCUAAACCCGUCCCCAAAAGAAAGGUCCGUUUCCGAGAACCUGACGAAGGCCUCGACCACGAUGAGGUGGGCGGGGACUCCUGGCUCCUCCUCCUCUUGUUGUGCUUGGCUACCGUGGUGAUCAGUGUGGGCGGGACUGCGCUCUACUGCACUUUCGGAGACGCCCAAUCCAGUGUGUGCACAGACUUUUCCCAUAACAUGGACUUCUACAUCGGACGGGUGCAGAGGGGAAUGGACGAGCUCAAACACUGGCUGUCCCCGAGCUCAUAGCAGGACGAUGAGUUAUUUUCUUCUUCUCGGUUGGCUCCGUGAUCUUCGAUGCUGAGAAAAAAUCCUCAUAAAUAGGCCUUUGCUGGGUCACACUGACACAGGAGCCCGUCUGUAAGGUCCUAAAUGGGACGUCCGCAAACCACUUUGGCCAGUUUCGACUCAAGUAGCCUACUGUUUACUGCCAUCAACUGAACCUCAUAAGAAGAGACUUCUUUUUUUAAAGUCUUAUAUCUCAAAUCUUAAUAUUUGGUUGUCUUAUAUUCAUUUAAAAAGUUGAAUGACCACCGUAGUACUGAAGAUAUAAUAAUGGACAUAUCCAUCUGUAGCCUGGACGUAGCAUUCUCCUGUGGUGGGCUUGGAUGGUCUUGUUUAUAAAAAUGUUUAUAGGGACAGGAAAGCAAUACAUGUAUAUUGAGGAAUUAUAGAUGCUGUAUAUACAGUAGAUACAGUCAAAUCCCAGUGACUAUAGUUUUCCUUUAAUUGUUACAGAAAAGCAAAGACAAUUGUCUGGUAGAUUUGGCAAUAUUUUGAUAAUUAUUAACACAACAUUGAUAUUAAUUAAUUAAUUUAGAUUUAUUAUUAAUUAAUAAUUGAUAUCUUCUUUAAUUCAGUCUGAUGCAGUGUCAAACAAACCCUCAGACUGAAUUUACAUUGCUUUUUAUAUAUAUAUAUAUAUAUAUAUAUAUAUAUAAUUCAUACUUCUUUUAUUUAGUUAGAUGGCAGAUCAUUUUUUAAAUUAAUUUGUAACACAAAAGUCCACACUAGAGCUGCACGAUAACCUGGAAAUCACUUUUUUUUUUUUUUUUUAAAUAGAAAUUUUUAUUCUCCUACGAUUCUGAAAAUACAACUAAAUGUUCUGACAGAAAGUCAAUUGAUUCAUUGACUCACUCAUAAAGACUGCACUUGUUUCAUUAUUGGAUGAAUUACGUUUUUGAGCGAAUCCCUUAAAUUAAUGAUUCAGUGACUCACUCAUAAAGACUCAUUAUUGGAUGAAUCAGCAUUUUUGAACAAAUCUCUUGAAUUAGUGAU